ACACGCAGUUCAGGUUUCUUCUGUUUCAGUUUGUAGCCUCAGAAAUUGCCGAAGGACUACAGAUUCAACGUUUAUUCAACACAGAAUUUCACAGCUAGACCCCUUUUGUCAUUCUCGCGAGAAUUUUCGAGAGGAUAAGUUGAGGGAACAUGGCGGCGCCGUCUAAUUUGCUAAAGAACAAAGGGUCUCUACAGUUUGAGGAUAAAUGGGACCUGAUGCGCCCCAUCGUGCUGAAGCUCCUACGGCAGGAGUCCGUCACCAAACAGCAGUGGUUCGACCUGUUCUCAGACGUCCACGCUGUUUGUCUGUGGGAUGACAAGGGUCCAGCUAAGAUCCAUCAGGCUCUUAAAGAGGACAUUUUAGACUUCAUCAAACAAGCUCAAGCACGGGUGCUGAGUCACCAGGAUGACACGGCGCUGCUAAAAGCCUACAUCGUGGAGUGGAGGAAGUUUUUUACGCAGUGUGACAUCCUGCCCAAACCCUUCUGCCAGCUGGAGAUCACUUUGAUGGGAAAGCAAGGAUGCAACAAGAAGUCCAACGUUGAGGACAGCAUUGUCCGCAAACUCAUGCUGGACACGUGGAAUGAGUCCAUCUUCUCCAACAUCAAAAACAGGCUUCAGGACAGCGCCAUGAAGCUGGUCCAUGCCGAGAGGCUCGGAGAGGCCUUUGACUCACAGCUGGUAAUCGGUGUUAGAGAGUCUUACGUGAACUUGUGCUCCAACCCCGACGACAAGCUGCAGAUCUACAGGGACAACUUUGAGAAAGCUUACAUGGAUUCCACAGAGAGGUUCUACAGAACCCAGGCGCCAUCAUACCUCCAGCAGAACGGGGUCCAGAACUACAUGAAAUAUGCGGAUUCAAAGCUGAGAGAAGAAGAGAAACGAGCUCUACGAUAUCUGGAGACCAGGCGCGACUGUAACUCUGUACAAGCGUUGAUGGAGUGUUGCGUCAACGCUUUAGUGACAUCGUUCAAGGAGACCAUCUUAGCCGAGUGUCCAGGCAUGAUCAAACGAAACGAGACCGAGAAGCUGCACCUGAUGUUCUCUCUGAUGGACAAAGUUCCCAGUGGCAUCGAGCCCAUGCUGAAGGAUCUGGAGGAUCACAUAAUGAGCGCCGGCCUGGCUGACAUGGUGGCUUCAGCGGAGACCAUCACCUCGGAUUCAGAGAAAUACGUGGAGCAGCUGCUGACCUUGUUUAACCGCUUCAGUCGACUGGUCAAAGAGGCCUUUCAGGACGACCCUCGCUUCCUGACAGCUAGAGACAAAGCGUAUAAAGCUGUCGUGAACGAUGCCACAAUAUUUAAACUAGAGCUUCCGAUGAAGCAGAAAGCGGUAGGAAUGAAAACUCAGCCGGAGUCCAAGUGUCCAGAGCUGCUGGCCAACUACUGCGACAUGCUUCUGAGGAAGACUCCGCUGAGUAAGAAGCUCACCUCUGAGGAGAUUGAAGCUAAGCUCAAGGAAGUGCUUUUAGUGCUGAAGUACGUCCAGAACAAAGACGUGUUCAUGCGAUACCACAAAGCCCACCUGACCCGCCGCCUCAUCCUGGACAUCUCAGCAGACAGCGAGAUCGAGGAGAACAUGGUGGAGUGGCUCAGGGAAGUAGGCAUGCCGGCUGACUACGUGAACAAAUUGGCCCGAAUGUUUCAAGACAUCAAGGUGUCGGAGGACCUCAACCAGUCCUUUAAAGAGAUGCACAAACACAACAAGCUGGCUCUACCAGCGGACUCCGUCAACAUAAAGAUCCUGAAUGCUGGAGCGUGGUCCAGGAGCAGUGAGAAGGUCUUUGUCUCUCUUCCCACGGAGCUGGAGGAUUUGAUACCCGAGGUUGAAGAUUUUUACAAGAAAAACCACAGCGGCAGGAAGCUUCACUGGCAUCACCUCAUGUCCAACGGCAUUAUAACCUUUAAGAAUGAGGUGGGGCAGUACGACCUGGAGGUCACCACCUUCCAGCUGGCUGUUCUGUUCGCCUGGAACCAGCGGCCAAGGGAGCGGAUCAGCUUUGAAAACCUGAAGUUAGCCACGGAGCUGCCCGACGCCGAGCUGCGACGCACCCUUUGGUCUCUGGUUGCAUUCCCUAAACUCAAGAGACAGGUGCUGCUGUACGACCCGGUGGUGUCUUCGCCCAAAGACUUUGCAGAAGGAACGUUGUUCUACGUCAACCAGGAUUUCUCUCUCAUAAAAAACUCAAAGGUUCAGAAAAGGGGGAAGAUUAACCUGAUUGGUCGGCUGCAGCUCACCACAGAGCGAAUGAGAGAAGAGGAGAAUGAAGGCAUUGUCCAGCUCAGGAUACUAAGAACACAGGAGGCCAUAAUCCAGAUUAUGAAAAUGAGGAAGCGCAUCAAUAAUGCGCAGCUGCAGACGGAGCUGGUGGAAAUCCUAAAGAACAUGUUUUUACCACAGAAGAAGAUGAUCAAGGAGCAGAUCGAGUGGCUGAUAGAUCACAAGUACAUCAAGCGGGAUGAGACGGACAUAAACACCUUCAUCUACAUGGCAUAGCGUGGCACAUUAGGAUGGCUUGUGUGGACUUUGGUCUCAUUGGAGUUAGCCUGAUGGACUCUAGGAUACUUCCAGGCUUCCCGUCCUCUAAUGAGAAGGGAAAACAUCCCAUCUUGCGCAGGGAGAAGCGUAUUCCAGACUGAGAUGUAUUUAAAAAAAGCUUCCUGCCUUAAAGCUGUACAAAAAAAAGUUUGCUAUCAAAGCAGCAGCUGAGUCUGCACCAAGUGGUUGGAGCUGAUUUUAGUCUAGUCUGUGUUUGAUGCCAUGCUGCUUCACGUGGGCCGCCACUACUACUACUACUACUACACUCCUGGUCAGCACUCGCACAAGUCUAAAGCCACGCUGAUGGGGGAAAAUCUUCAGUCCCAAUCAAAACCGAACCUCUUGAACGAAAUCAUCUUUUUCCUCAAAGGCUAUUCUGCUGCUUGGGUUUAUCACGGGGCCGCAAUGGUGCUGGGGCACAACCAUUACCAGAGAAGUGAUCAAACCCCUAAUCUGGAUAUUCACAAUGUAUAAAACACCAGAGAAGCAACUAGGGGUCUGCAGGACCGAGGCCGACUCUCUGUCCCCGGGUAAACGUGAAGCUUUGAGGUACAAUCAGAGCCCUCUCCCCACAGCAGCAAUCCCCGGGGACAGAAGUGGGGCUGGGGGUCAAAGAGGUCAGCUUGCGCUUGGCACAACCGGCUCGUCUCCAGUAAGAGGAGGCUGAGGUCAGUAUUAAUAAAAUACUACAACUCAAAGCUAUGAGAGAUGUGAAUAAUGGAAUGAAUAAAUAAACAGCACCUUAUUGUGAAA